GCAGCCAUGGCGUACUCCACGGUGCAGAGAGUGGCGCUGGCCUCGGGUCUUGUCCUAGCCGUAUCGCUGCUGCUGCCCAAAGCCUUCUUGUCCCGCGGGAAGCGCCCGGAGCCGCCGGCGGACCCCGAAGAGUGAAGAUCUUCAAGAUCAUCUUUAAACUCUGUGAUAAUCCUGAACCGUGGAGAGUUGUAAAACCCCCUUUCCCCAGCUGAACUAGCUUAAAGAAGUACUAUGGAAUGUGAGUGGAAGACACUUCUGCUUCUCAGUGUUGUGGGGUAUAGCGUUCAUUGUAGAUGUGACUGCCUUCCUUAAAAACCCAGGAAAACUGGGCCGAUUUCCACCUAUGAUGCAUCACCACUCAGCGUCCUCAGAUGGGCAGAUGCCUGGAGCUCGUUUCCAGAGGUCCCACCUUGCAGAGGCCUUUGCAAAGGCCAAGGGAGCAGGCGGAGGUGCUGGAGGAGGGGGCGGUGGAAGAGGACUGAUGGGCCAGAUCAUUCCAAUCUACGGCUUUGGAAUUUUUUUGUACAUACUAUACAUUCUGUUUAAGCUUUCGAAGGGUAAAACUGCGGAAGAUCGCAACUGCUCCACUGCCCCACCUGGGAACGCCCAUAGGAAGAUCACCAAUUAUGAGCUUGUUCAACUGCAAGAAAAACUAAAAGAGACAGAAGAAGCCAUGGAAAAAUUAAUCAAUAGAGUGGGACCUAAUGGUGAGAGCAGAGCACAGACUGUGACAUCUGACCAAGAGAAACGAUUACUGCAUCAGCUCCGAGAAAUCACGAGGGUCAUGAAAGAAGGCAAGUUCAUUGACACAUCUACUCCAGAGAAGGAAGCUGAGGAAGCCCCUUACAUGGAGGACUGGGAAGGUUACCCUGAAGAGACUUAUCCAGUGUAUGACCUUUCCGAUAGUAUCAAGCGUAGGCAAGAAACAAUCCUGGUGGAUUACCCUGAUCCAAAAGAGCCCUCUGCUGAAGAAAUAGCUGAACGAAUAGGGGUGAUGGAAGAGGAAGGGUCAGAGCAUUUGAGCUGGGAUCAUUUGCCCACUGACCCUGGAGCCCAGGAAGAUAAUUCUGUUACCCUGUGUGAUCCUAAAGCAGAAUCAUGCUCCUGCUGUUUUCAUGAAGAAGAGGAUCCUGCUGUCUUGGCAGAGAAUGCUGGUUUCAGUGCAGAUGGCUACAGUGAGCAAGAGGAAGCCACCAAGGAAGACUGGUCCCAAGACUUCACAACUGAGGGGUUGGCAAUCAGCACUGAUAACACACACGUGGGUGGCAUGUUGAGGAAGCGCAACCUCCAGAGUUUAGAGUGAAAGCAGCCUGUUUGAUGAUGUAUCCAUUACUCUACUCCCAAGGUAUCUUUCCUUAAUUUCAUCCAUGGCCCUGUGCCAUCUGUAUUCAAUAGCAUAGUUUUGGGCCACUACCAUGGAUAUUAUUUAUCCUUCCUGGUGCUUGCUCACCUGUCUCCUUGUAAAGUAGACAUUAGUGUGAACACAGGACAGCAUCAUCUCUUCCUGCCUUUCUGCAUCAGAGACACUAACUCAUUAGGUAAUUAUACUUGUUUGAUUGUGCCUGGAGGUGGUAUCACCUGUGCAAAGAUCUGACCCCUCCACAUAGGGGUAACAGAAGGUUUACCUAUGAAUGAACAUUGAUUAGCAGAUGUUGGGGACUUAAGGUUUUGAAAAUGAAGAUUAUAGACUCCCAAAUGCCUUAUUCUUUUGAACUUGUUAGUAGUCCCCAAGAAGAACAUGCUCAAUUGUGAGGAUGAGGGGCCCAGAGCACACAGCAGGACAGCUGACUGAGCUGUAGCCUCCCCUCAGAACCUUCUAGGUUAAGAUAUCCCGGCUCCUCUGGAGUACACACGACUUUUUGGAGACCAUUUUGCUUGUAUAUCACCUUGAUCUCUAGCUAUCCAUGUCCUUACUCUGUUGAACAGAAUUGCCAAUCCAGAAGCACCUUUAUAUGUCCGGUCUGCGGCUAGGGGAAAUUUGAGGCUUAAGUCUGAGUCCUACAAAGCUGAAGUUUGAGGCUGUUGAAGCUCCAGGAUGGCCUAAGUAUAGUGGUCCUUCCAUGAGGAGGUCAGGGGGCCAAGGCUCCACGUCUUUGUGAGGCAGGAUGAAACCUGUGAAUCCUAACAAGGGCGAGUCAAUUCAGUUCCAUGUAAGACCUGCAAGUUGAAAGAAGGUGUGUCUCUAAGGACAUGCCCAGCCAUGAAAUGGGAAGCCCAAAAGUUAAGUAAUUCUGUGAAAGUUGGAUAUAGUCUUUAGAGCUCUAUUGUGCCUGGUCUGAAUAUGAUGCCAGAAAACAGUGUGGACCACUCAGGAACACACUGGCUGCCAUCAGAAGGUAUGGGGCCACAGCAAGAUAAUCACUACUACAAAGAUUUACGUGUUUGGUGAACUAGAAAAGGCCCUGGAUAUUGAGUCUGGAAAUCCACUGCACUGCAUUGAUUCCUGUAUAGAACACUGAUUGAAAUGGCGAAGAAUGCAGUUAGCGUGGACUAAAGAUAGUCUUGGUGUAACUAAGUGUAAAAAGCAAUGUAGGUGCUCUUGUUUUGCAAAAUGUUUUCUGUGUGGGUCCCUCAUCCACUGUGUGAAGUUGAUUUAGGAUAGCCCCGUGUUCUCACUUUUGUCCACAGGAUACGAUCUCCUUAUCACAACUUGUUUCUCUCAUUCACUCAUCCAACAUUGCCUCAUGCCGAGUACAAAAAGGUUGAGUUUGUAUCUUAAAGAGUUCCAUUUUACUAUGGGAGUUUGACAGAUGCACUGAAGACUAUAGGAAGGCUCGAGAUUGUGGAUUCUUUGGGCACAGAAAACUGGGUCCUGAUGCUUCCCUGCACCUCUGUCUGUAGAGUUGUGGAUUGGUUCCUUAGGCAAUCUGAGCCUGGUGUGGGCAUCUGUAAAGUGAGGGUUGUAAAACGCAGGUCUCUCAGGGUCUUAAGCUGUAAAUGAGCUAGUUGGUGUGCACAGGGCAGCCUGUGGUGUGCACAGGGCAGCUUAACAGGCUCAGGCAUGAUAGAAUAUCACAUGGCUGCUAUUUUAUUACAGUGUGGACCCAAAACUACAGGACCAUGCAAGAACAGGAAUGCUUUUCCCAAAGUAGCAAUAAAUUUCCAAAGAGACUUUAUGUCACACUAAGAACAUGGGCAAGGAAGAGAAAGGACAUUCUGGCAGAAAGAAUGGGUUAGCAAGAACAGUGGGGUGUGUAAAUGGAUAUUCGGCUGAAAAGUGUUAGAGUCAACUCUGUUAUUAUUGGGGUGAGCUAUGGAAACAGUUCCUGCCAAAAGGACCAAUUAAAGUUCUUGCCACUGUGGA